AUGGGAAGCCGAAACUCCCAACGUGGACAAGAUGCCGCAGCAAAGCUCCAAGCAGAAAAUCUGUCAGUUGAAGCGCUAACCAUCGACGUGACAAGUGAUGAUUCUAUCACUGCUGCCUCAGCUAUUGUGGCAUCCAAGUUCGGACGUCUAGAUGUCCUGAUCAACAAUGCUGGAAUCGCCAAUGACAAGGAGUUCGAGUCGGGAGAAACUUCCUACAGAGAUACGAUGCUGAAGGCGUACAACACCAAUGUCUUCGGCGCUUUCCAGUGUUUGGAGACAUUUAGGCCUCUUCUUGAGAAGAGCGAGAACCCUCGAGUUGUGUUCAUGACCAGCUCGCUGGGAUCAUUUGGGACUGGGUUUGAGCAAGGGAAUUACCCGAUCUAUCGCAGUACGAAGACGGCGAUGAAUAUGCUGGUGUGGAAUUAUGCGAAAAGGUAUGAAGACAAAGGGUUCAAAAUCAACCUUUGCUGUCCGGGACUUGUGGCGACGAAUUUGACGGCAUAUGGACCGCUUGAUGGACCGGAGAUUGGCGCCAUCAACGCCGUGAGGUUGGCGACGCUGGAGAAGGAUGGUGAGAAUGGGACAUAUUCGUCUAAAGAGGGUCCAGUGCCGUGGUAA